GGCUCGGGAACAAACAGAAGGAUGACUCACUUACAAGCUGGUCUGUCUCCUGAGACCCUGGAGAAAGCUCGCCUGGAACUCAACGAGAACCCAGACACAUUGCACCAGGACAUCCAGGAGGUGAGGGACAUGGUCAUCACCAGGCCGGACAUUGGCUUCCUGCGCACGGAUGAUGCCUUCAUCUUACGCUUCUUGAGGGCCAGGAAGUUUCAUCACUUUGAGGCCUUCCGUCUCCUGGCCCAAUACUUUGAGUACCGGCAACAAAACCUGGACAUGUUUAAAAGCUUCAAGGCCACUGACCCUGGCAUCAAACAGGCACUGAAGGAUGGCUUCCCUGGGGGCCUGGCCAAUCUGGACCACUAUGGCAGGAAGAUACUAGUCCUUUUUGCUGCCAACUGGGAUCAGAGCAGGUACACACUGGUGGAUAUUUUGCGUGCCAUCUUGCUGUCUUUAGAAGCCAUGAUUGAAGAUCCCGAGCUUCAAGUGAAUGGAUUCGUUUUGAUCAUAGACUGGAGUAACUUCACCUUCAAGCAAGCCUCUAAACUGACACCCAGCAUGCUGAGAUUGGCUAUCGAAGGCCUUCAGGACAGUUUCCCAGCACGGUUUGGAGGGAUUCAUUUUGUCAAUCAACCAUGGUAUAUCCACGCCCUGUAUACUGUGAUCCGGCCUUUCCUGAAGGAGAAGACUCGGAAAAGGAUAUUUUUGCAUGGUAACAACCUGAAUAGUCUACACCAACUAAUUCAUCCUGAGAUCCUGCCCUCUGAGUUCGGAGGAAUGCUGCCCCCCUAUGACAUGGGGACAUGGGCAAGAACACUGCUAGACCACGAGUACGACGAUGACAGUGAAUACAAUGUGGACUCCUUCAGCAUGCCUGUGACCGAGGUAGAAAAGGAACUCUCCCCCAAGUCCAUGAAGAGAUCCCAAUCAGUAGUGGAUCCUACAGUCCUAAAACGUAUGGAUAAAAAUGAGGAAGAAAACAUGCAACCUUUGCUCUCUCUGGACUGAUAACUUCUCUACACUCGCCGUGGAUUGGAAAAGAAAGGUACAUGUUUUCAGCAACAAAGACAGCACUGUGGAGGAAUUAC